AUAUAAACAUGUCAAUGUAGAUAUAGAAUUCUGUUUUAUCGUUAUUUUUUGAGAUUUAGUAUUAUAAAUAAUUAAUUACUACCGAUAACAAGAAAGAAGUUAUUCAUGUAAUGGAAAAUAAUAGCAACUUUAAGUCCCUUCAGGAUUUCAAAUUGACCAAUGUUGAUCCGACUGCUUUCUACAUAUCAGAGUUUUUAUCAGAUAGGGAAGAGCAAUCUAUUUUAUCCAGUAUUUAUUCGGCGCCGAAGCCAAAAUGGACUCAACUUUCGAACAGAAGACUUCAAAACUGGGGCGGCAUUCCUCACAACAAGGGGAUGAUAGCUGAAACCAUUCCUGUCUGGCUGCAGAAUUACUUAAACAGGAUAGAUGAAUUGAAUUUGAUGGGUGGAAAUAAACCAAAUCAUGUUUUAGUAAAUGAAUACACACCAGGGCAAGGAAUUCUGCCACAUUUGGAUGGUUCAUUAUUCUAUCCGACUAUAACAACAAUUUCUGUAGGAUCACAUAUUGUUUUAAAAUUUUGGGAGCCUCUGCCAGAUGCUAAUGAGAAUGCUUCAGAUAUGAAAUCAGUUUUUUCAUUUCUGCUAGAGCCGAGAAGUCUGUUGGUAUUGCAGGAUGAACUCUUCCAUCACUAUUUGCAUAGUAUUGAGGAAAUAAAAGACGAUGUUAUUGAUGAAUCAAUAAAGAACUUACACAUGUGUUCAGAUAAAUAUGUUAAAGGUGAUACAGUGAGCCGGGACACUAGAAUAUCAUUAACAAUAAGGCAUGUGCCCAAAACAAGUUCAUUUAAAAUUAAUAUUGGUAAUAAAAGAUGAUAUUACUUAUGUA